AUUGCACAUGCGCAGAAAGGCUCGAUAGCACGUCUCGAUAGGUAGUAUUUUCCGACAGAACACCUGUCCUGGAGUUUGACACCCCUGCUCUAGAUGUUUCCUUAGGUUGGACAUGGACUGUUUAGAUGUCGACAACAUCUUUACAGCUGGUAAACACGCACUGCAUUGCACAGUUAAAUUUGUGCCUUUUUCCGUAAUGUAUCGAAAAUGUUUUUUAUAUUAUCAGCAAUGGAAUGCAUUCCUUUACUUGUCUGCCAUUGCCUGCAACAGAAACUCAGACAGCUCAGGCAAGUUAAUUAGCAAAAUGCAAAUGUAGCGCGACAGGAUAACCAAUCAGAAGCAUCGAAUAGUUUCAAACUUUCGGCUUAUGGAAGGAAAUAGCAAAGGAGGAUGUUUCGCAUAAGAAAAACAUGAAAAGCAAUAAAAAUACUGUUAUUAAAGAUAUUCACAUGGUUUUGCAUACAAUCUUAUGAUGUAACUAAAAUUGUAAUCAUGAAUAUUUCCAUAAGUAACUAAUUUAAUUACACUUUUUUCUCUAGUAACUGUAAUGGAUUACAAUUACAUUUGUUUUGUAAUUAAAUUACUUAACACCGUUACAUGUAACUCGUUACUCCCCAACACUGUACUCAAGAUACCACUUAAGCUUCUGUUACGUCACAGCUGGCGUCAUGGAGUCUAACCCUAAGCCAGGGAUCGCAGGGUGGACCCUGUUUCGCUACCCUUAGUUAACAAGAAACAAGAUUAAACCAUGCUUUGUUUUUUAAUUGUGUUCUAAUUUGAGAUUUUUUAUUGGAUCUUAGGAAGAUUAGUUCAAGUUUUAACUAGUCUUAAAUAUCCUCAUUAACAGAGGAGACAAAUUUUCCUGUUAGAAAAUAUUUUUGUGUGUACUGUACCUUUAAAAUAGUACACUGGAGGAUGACAACGCAUGAACCCAGAUUAAAGCAUCCAGCUGCAUGAAAACAAAGGCGAGUCUCUCGCUGCCAUCAUAUUGUUGUCAAUGUUUGACUGAUCCUCCGCCUUUGCUGGAAAUUUUUAACAUUCCUAUGGGAAAGCAUGCACUCGUGACAGUCAUUUCAGUGAGAUCCAAAGGUCACCUCACCAGCCUGGCACAAAACCUCAGAAUGUCUCCUGUGCUGGUCACCGCUUUAUUUCUCUGUGUCUUAGGCAGGACUCACGCGGUGUACAAAAAGUGGGUCCCCAACACCAAUUUUGAGAAUGGAACUAACUGGGACAAGGGAACAGUGCCUUGCAGUAGUGAUCGGAUUCAGUUCUUACCUCAGAAGGAAGUGUCUGUGUAUGUGGAAACCAUCCACGGCAUUCAGGAGAUGAACCUGCCUGUGGACGGGGAGUUUAUUUUGCCCCAGGGGGCAGGUUUCGCUGCCAGCAACGGCCAGAACGAUGACUGUGGACCGGGAUCUGAGGUUACAUUCAAGGACACUGAACUGCUGCUCUGGUUUGACCCAGCCCAAUGGCAGGCGGCCUCCUCCUGGGACAACCUAGAGAAAGGUCCUUUCCUGUUCUCAGUGCAUGGGGAAAGCGUGCCAUGCCCGCAGGACGACGUGGUCUUCUGGGCGGACUCCUCAUUCCGGGUGGACACCACGGCCAACCAGCUAAGCGUGCCCGUGAAAAGCGUGUCCGUGCUGGGGAACAGAUUCAGUUCCUCUGACGACUUUGCUCAGUACCUGAGCUCACACUCGGGCCGGCUUCAGUUCCAUGGAGCUUCCAAAGUCCAUGUUGGUGAACCAGGCUGCAGCGACAAAAUGGGCUGUGUUUGUGACAAUUCUGCGAACCAUGACAGGAUCUGCUCGGCCGUGAAAUGCGCGCCCACAGACUGUAAGAAGCCCCUGAGAGCUGCGGGACACUGCUGCGAUGUGUGUGGUGCAAUCGUGCAUUUGCGAUGCAAAGUUGGCUUUGACCUGUCAACAUACCAACAACGGCUGCAUCACCUCUUCCUCAUCCAGCCAUCCUAUCAAUCUGUCCAGCUGGCCAUGUCAAGGCUCUCUACAUUAUGGCCACUCAGGCUGUUAUCUCAGGAAGUGGUGGCUGAAAUUCAGGUGCUGAUCCUGGAUGGGGAAACGGGGGGCGAGUCUGGUAGGGUAGCAGAAUCUCUGGCUCGUGACAUCCUGAGGGAUGUCAGCUCCCAGGGAACACGUCUAGGCAUUGAAGGUGCAGACUACCAGGCGUCAUCAGGCGGCAGCAGUACAGAGGGGACCAGCAGCAACGCAGGAGCUGUGGCAGGAGGCGUGGUGGGGGUCCUGCUACUGGUGGCUUGCUUGCUCCUUCUGGCCGUCCUCAUCCAUCGGGGCAUCAUCAAGACCCCUAGCCUUCUCUCCCUGUCCAGCUGCAAGAAGGGCAGCGAGAUCGGGGAACUGGGUGGGCCCCUGGAUCAUGGAUUUGACAACCCCAUGUUCGACAAACCUACACUGAUGCCAGCUGAGCCUGAAUUAUACGUCAGAGAAACAGGUGGCUCCAUUGUUAUGACCAAUGCAGGCAUUCACUUUGUGAAUCCCAGUUAUGAUGAAACCGAUUUUGAGACCUGAGCUUUUUCUCAACAUCACUGAUUUGACUUGACUCAAUCUAGAAACACCUACGAUGAUCUUCCGAAGCAUUUCUCUGGCUAAUUGUCACGACUUGUGCUGUUUUGUCUCCAAUCAGUAAGUUCAGCCUAAACUUGAUUUUAACUUACUUUAUCUGCUAUAAGAAGAAGAUCAUAUUAUUUAAAUAUCAGCUCUGUGUUCCUAUUUAGAGUUUUAUACAUUUUUUAUGUGAAAUUUCCAGAGUAUCUAGUCCAUUUCAUGUGAUCUUUGUCACCUAAGCAUAUUCCAUUAUAGAAAAACACAAAUAAAAUCUUCUGAAUGUGAAUCUCUGAAA